AUGCGCCGAAACCCUUCAAAGGUGCAAGGGUAUUGUACACCGAAAGUAUCUCUGCUUUCCGGCUGCGACCUAGUUGUUCCCCCCGUCGAACCCUGUAAAAUAACCAGCUCAGAAUGCACAUUCCGUUGCUGCAACCCAACUUACAACUUUGUGUGUGAAACGGCUGAAGAAAUGAAAGCUCACUUCCAGGAGCAUCCCAAAAAGCGCAGCUUUCGCUGUAUGUAUCCCGGGUGUACUUUUACCUCUGUAUUCCUCAAGGAUCUCACGUACCAUCGCGGAAUUCAUACCGGCGAACGCCCCUAUCCAUGCACAUUCCCGGGUUGCAGAUUUGCGGCACCUACACAAAAUCAACUCAAGUUACAUCAGAUCAGACAUUCGGAUAAAAAACCUUACAAGUGUUCCUUCCCAGGAUGCAAUUACGCAUCUCGAUACAAAUCUGCACUUUUGAAUCACAAGCGUAUCCACACAGGAGAAAAGCCUUAUCGCUGCGAGAUCUGCAAGCAAUUUUAUGCAAGGCAAAGUUCCGGACUGCAGUAUCACAUGAAAACUGUUCACCGACGAAACUAAUUAUAUUCUUUUGCCUCAUGACUCUUAUCUACACUCACAAUGAUGUUUCAAAUAUUUGUAUUAUUGGGUUACUUGUCUACCGUUUUGGGAUGUUUAUUCUACACGUCGUGG